CAGAAGGAGUGUGUGCCUGCUGGGGUAAAGCUCAGCAGCAGAGGAUUAACUGGGGGCUUGAGGUGCACAGUGAGGAGUGGGGCAGCAGAUCUGCUCCAGGAGGCACAUUUUUGGGGUGCAUUACUGGUCAAAAAAAAUAAUGCGAUAAUUACUGGAGGUUCUCCUGAGCUAUCUUUGAUGUUAGGCCAAGGCUCUCUAGCUGCGUGACUGCUUACACUCCAGUUGUGUGGAGUGGUGUCCACAGCCUCUCGGCCUUUGCAUUGAAGGGCCUUCCCGGGUAGCCCGAAGUCCAGCUGAGCCCUGCCACAGCGCUGUGCCACGUGGACCAUAUUAAACUGUAGUUCUAAGGCUCCUUCUGAGCUCCAAGAUUCUAUUUGGGAAGGAUGGAAGAAAGGGCGGGCGGAGAGAAAGGUUUUCGGGCAGAUGAGUUCUAAACACCCCAAAGCGUCCACUUCUUGUUCUAGACCUUGAGCACCACAAUGGGGGGCCACGACGGGACACCCCGAGUGUUCCCUUAAGAGGCUGCCGGGCCCUCCCACUGCGGGCGCGAAAGGCUAGAGGAGGGCGGAGGGCAGCGCGCGAGCCGGUCCCGCGGCAGCACCCAGCGCGGCUGGCAUGGCAGAGGUGCAGCCGGGGCCGCCGAGCGGCGUUCAGCUCAACGCGCUGCCGGACCACUCCCCGCUGCUGCAGCCCGGCCUGGCUGAACUCCGGCGCCGGGCCCUGGAGGCGAGCGUCCCGCUCGCGCCGCAGCCGCUCUCAGACGCCUUCUUGCUGCGGUUCCUGCGCGCCCGGGAUUUCGACCUGGACCUGGCCUGGCGGUUAUUAAAAAACUAUUAUAAAUGGAGAUUGGAAUGUCCAGAAUUAAGUGCAGAUCUGCACCCUAGAAGUAUUCUUGGCCUUUUGAAGGCAGGCUAUCACGGAGUUCUGAGAUCCAGGGAUCCCACUGGGAGCAGAGUUCUUAUUUACAGAAUCGCGCGUUGGGACCCAAAAGUGUUUACAGCUUAUGAUGUGUUUCGUGUAAGUCUAAUUACAUCUGAGCUUAUCGUACGGGAGGUAGAAACUCAGCGGAGUGGAGUCAAGGCUAUAUUUGACCUGGAAGGCUGGGAGUUUUCACAUGCUUUCCAGAUUACUCCAUCUGUAGCCAAGAAGAUUGCUGCUGUACUUACAGAUUCAUUUCCACUGAAAGUCCGGGGCAUCCAUUUGUUAAAUGAACCAGUAAUUUUCCAUGCUGUAUUUUCCAUGAUUAAACCAUUCCUGACUGAAAAAAUUAAGGAACGGGUCCACAUGCAUGGCACCAAUUACAGACAAAGCUUGCUGCAGCAUUUUCCUGACAUUCUUCCAUUGGAAUACGGUGGUGAAGAGUUUUCCAUGGAGGAUAUUUGUCAGGAGUGGACAAAUUUUAUAAUGAAGUCUGAAGAUUAUCUCAGCAGCAUUUCUGAGACCAUUCAAUGAGAGAUAUUUUAUCCAAAUGGUUUCCUAAUUGAAAGUGCCUAAGAUCUUAUGUGAAUGCAAGAAAAAAAAAUCUUUUAAUUACUGCUUGUUUACUGAUCUUUAAAAAAGUAAAAAUGUGUAACAUGAGCAAUAUGGAUGUCUAAAAAGCUUUUAAAUCUUCUCUUCACUUUUGAAGUACUUAAAUGUUAAUAUACUUGAAUAGCAUAAGAGAGAUUCCUAAUGUCUGCACUUGAAGAAAUAAUAUAGGAAGUGACUUCUAAAGCGGCUAUUCAUGCGCAUGUUUGUGUUUUCAUAAAACUUGAUGUUGAGCAAGUUUUCUGAUUACAUUUUAGUCACAGAUUUAUAAAAUCUACUUAAAGAAAUAGGGCACUAAUCAAGUGAGUACAAAAAACUAUUAACACUCAUUUUCUGUGGGUGCCAAACUAGAUUAUAAUUCAGACCAAAAUCUGAACAGCUUUACAGGUACUUCUUCAGGCCAGCAGGAUAGUUCAUCUCAGGAAAUCCUAUUUUAGCACAUUUGCACAAUACAAACUUUUGACUGCA